CUUCUUUGUGAACGGUAGAAAGUAUUUUGCUGCAAAAGAAAAAAUCAAAAACGCAUAUUAAAAUCGCUUAAUCAACCCUAAAAAUAUCUGAAAAUGAGUUAUAAUCGCAAUUACAAUGGACAUGCUGGCUUCAAUGCUGGUGGAUACGGGGGACAACGUGACAACCGUGAUGGUGGAGCUCGCAAGAAUCGUUGGGAUAAUCCGACUCCCGUAAACCCGCCAAUUACUGGUCCCUUGGUGGCUUUCGAAAAGAAUUUCUACACUCCAUCUCCGUCGGUUCUGGCUCGUCCGUUGGCUGAAAUCCAAAACUUUAGAGCUCAGAAUGAAAUCACCAUCAAGGGCACUGAGAUUCCGCAUCCGUCAUUGGAGUUGAAUGAAAACGGAUUCCCGGAAUACAUGAUGAACGAAAUUCAAAAUCAAGGUUUCAAUAAACCUACCAUCAUUCAAUCGCAAGCAUGGCCAAUUGCACUCAGUGGUCGUGACAUGGUUGGCAUUGCCCAAACUGGAAGUGGCAAAACACUUGCCUACAUGUUACCUGCAUUGGUUCAUUUGAAGAGUCAAGAGCCGUUAAAGCGUGGUGACGGUCCCAUCGCAUUAAUUCUUGCUCCAACACGCGAAUUGGCGCAACAAAUCCAAAAGGUUGCCAUUGAUUUCGGCUACAAAGUGCGCAUCAAUAAUGCUUGCGUGUUCGGUGGAGCUCCAAAGGGCCCGCAAAUCCGUGACUUGGAGAAUGGUGCAGAGAUUGUGAUUGCGACACCAGGUCGCUUGAUCGACUUUUUGGAUCGCGGCAUCAUAAAUUUGAAGCGUUGCACUUAUUUGGUGCUUGACGAAGCUGAUCGUAUGCUCGACAUGGGUUUCGAGCCACAAAUUCGCAAGAUUAUGAAACAAACGCGUAACGAUCGUCAAGUACUCAUGUGGAGCGCAACGUGGCCCAAGGAAAUUCGCAAUUUGGCCGAAGAAUUUCUCAACAAUUACAUUCAAAUCAACAUUGGAAGUCACAAUUUGUCCGCAAACACUAACAUUUUACAAAUUAUCGAUGUGUGCACGGAGGAACAAAAAGAGCAAAAACUCAUUCGCAUUCUUCAGGAAGUCACGCAAGAUCAAGAGAACAAAACUAUGAUUUUCACCGAAACUAAAGUGAAAGCAGACACUCUUUCCCGUACAAUUAACCGAUAUGGUUGGCGCGCAAUUGCCAUUCAUGGAGAUAAGUCGCAGCAAGAGCGUGAUUACGUUUUAAAUCAGUUCAGACGAGGACAAAAUCGCAUUCUUGUCGCAACAGAUAUUGCUGCUCGCGGCCUUGAUGUGGAUGAUGUCAAAUUCGUAAUCAAUUACGAUUAUCCAUCCAACUCUGAAGAUUAUGUUCAUCGCAUCGGGCGGACCGGCAGAUCCAACAACACUGGUACCGCUUAUACGUUGUUCACGCAAAACAAUGCCAACAAAGCAAACGAUUUGAUCAAUGUUUUGGAAGAGGCUAAGCAAGUCGUUGAUCCAAAACUACGAGAAAUGGCCAUGUGUGGUGGAGGUUUUGGAAAGCGUCGUGGCAACUUCAACAAGAAUCGUGGAAAUGAACAAGACCGUUCUCGAUUCAAUCGUUCAGCUAACGGCACAAACGGCGUUGCUCGUGGCGGAUAUAACGGACACCAACGUGACCGUUCUCGCAGCAACAAUUUCCGAGAAAAUCAAGGAGGAGCGACACAAAAUAAAUAUGGAGCUCGUGCAAUGACUAAUAGCUACAAGCCUAGCAGCAUCCCGACGACAUAUGGUGCAAAAUCGGCUCCGAUGCCGAACCCAAUGUAUCAACGGGCACCUCCACAGUAUGGCGUUCCACCAGCUAUGCCGGGCGUUGUUGCCACUCAGUACAUGUUUCCACCUCCACCAGCGGUACUCGUUAGACAGUAAAUCGAUGCAGCAACACAAUUAAUGACAAAAGUUCAAAUACAUUCGCAAGACAGAUAGAUUUCAUAUGACAAAGUAUUUAAUAUUUAAGAGAAGAAAAAAAAAUAAGUGACUGAAAAAAACCAAACAUACAACAAAUGAUUUAAUGCAAUUUCAUGCAUUAUCGAAUUUAUUUUUCAGUUCCUUACAACCUACAUUUAUUAUAUUAACACUAAAAUAUUUAUUCAUUAACUUUUUCAAGAAUUAAUUUAAAUGAAAACGUAACUCUAAUAUUUACAACAACAUAAUUAAUAUAUACGUACGUAGUGUAGCAAAAUAUCAAGUUUUAGCAAAACAUACCUAAUUAUUAAUUAUCAAUGGACUUAACAGUGUUAUAGUGUAGAAAAUUAUUCGCAUACAAAGGAGUGAAACUCAAAUGACGAUUUUUGUAAGAUGCACAGAACUUACAAAACUUUAUUUAUCAGUAUUUUAAUGCAAAAAAAAAUUAAAAUACACAAAAAAUGAGUAACUUCUAAGACAUUUAGAAUGAAAUCAAAAAACUUUUAACCAUACAUAGAAUUGAAAAUAAAGGCACAUUUUAGCCCUUAAAA